UUUUAAGUAAAGUGUUAUGUUUGAAAUGCAUUUGUUUAAAUUCCAGUAGUGCUGGUAUUGAAAGUCAGAUGUUGCAAGGUGUAUCGCAUUAGCAGACACUGCCAGUAAAAAGUAUGAAAUCACACAGAGCUAACCGCGCUAAAUGAUGUUAAAUGCAAAGUAUAAGCAUGGGGGGGGGGGUUUUAUCUUCCAAAUGUUCUGUGGGGGUAUGAUCUUGCAAAUGUUCUGUGGUAAAUGUGCGUGAGGGUCAGUUUGAUAAAUAAGACAGAGCAGUUUGUAAAUAAGACACAGCAGUUUGAUAAAUAAGACAGAGCAGUUUGAUAAAUAAUACACAGCAGUUUGAUAAAUAAGACAGAGCAGUUUGAUAAAUAAGACAGAGCAGUUUGUAAAUAAGACAGAGCAGUUUGAGAAAUAAUACACAGCAGUUUGAUAAAUAAGACAGAGCAGUUUGAUAAAUAAGACAGAGCAGUUUGUAAAUAAGACAGAGCAGUUUGAUAAAUAAGACAGAGCAGUUUGUAAAUAAGACACAGCAGUUUGAUAAAUAAGACAGAGCAGUUUGAUAAAUAAUACACAGCAGUUUGAUAAAUAAGACACAGCAGUUUGAUAAAUAAGACACAGCAGUUUUAUCAGUGUUUGAAACACCAAGCUGUCUUUUCCAGGUCUAGAGGAGAGAUUUUCAUUCUUGUGUUUUUAUGCGUUUUCUGGUUUGCUCCCCAAUCAAAUGAAUACAGUGAUGGUUAUUAUUUAGCAACGAGUGGCAGGGUGUCAUAUUUUAUUAACGCGUCACAGCCAGUGUGAAGCCUUCUUUCGUGUUAAUUAGAAGGGUUUAUGUAGGUCAGUUUGUUAUUCUUAUUAAUAGCAAUCUCAUGACACUUAGGACAUGUUUAUAACCCUUUAUAGAUGGGUUAUAAAUGGUUCUGAGGGAUUCGUGUUUCCCUCGUUCUAAAGCCAGGCAGUUAAUUCCUAUGAAUGAAUGAUGCCUGUUCUGGUUGAUCGAAAUUAACCCUUUGAAUGCUGCAAAGUGCUCUGAAACCGAAACCUGGCCAGCCCUGCUGUUUGAAAUCUCGUUUCCAGUAAUAUCCAGAUGAGAAUAGCAACUCAACUUUUUUUUGUAUUUGUUUGUUUGGUUGUUUUUAAAUGUACCUUUCCUUCCCUGCAACGGUUGUUUUGCAGUGGGCCGUGUGCAGCCGAAACUCGUAACAAUUUUAACACCUAGAUUUUUCCUCAUUUAAAUGCAUUUUUAAAUGCCUGAAAUACACCAUGGAAAGAAUCAGGGUAGAGCCGCUCACAUUUUUUAGUUAAAAUACUGAGAAAGUGCCAUACAAAAUGUAUGUGUGUGUGAGUGUGUGUGUGUGAGUGUGCACAUGUAUUAGAACACCCCGUUGCUUCUGUAGUUUUGAUUUGUUGUGCGUAUCAAAUCAAACCACCAGAACUGAAAAUCUUGGAAAAUAGGCAAAUGAGUAAUUACCUAAUUUAAUUAACAACUUAAAAAAAAUAAUUUAAAAUAGCGACCACAAAUGUUUUUUGUUUUUGUUUAAGAUGCCUGAUUAAAACACAAAGUGGUGUAACAUUUUCACACACCAGUGCCUAUUGUUUCUGCAUCACUGGUUACUGACUGCAAACUGAAAUUCUCACACCGAGAGGUUUUCAUGCAGGGUGCAGUUAUCUUGAGAGGACGCAAAAUCAGAUGCAAAAUCACAGUGUUCAGAAAUCUUCCUUUUUUUUUAAAUGGAUGGAUUAUAAUUAAAACACACUUCAAAAAGUCAUUAUUUCAUCAUCAACAGCGUUGAUUUUGACGUGGCUGAGUCAUGGUGCAGAUAUUAUAUUAACUAUGCUGAAACAGUAGAGAGAGUUGAGGGGAUGGAAUGGGCUGCCUAGCCACGCUGUGGAGGCAGAAUCACUGGGACCCUUAACAGCCCGAAUUGACAAAGUUCUGAGAUCAAUCAACUGCUCGGAACCAGACGAGCUGAGAUGGGUCGAACUCCCUCCUCUUGUUUGUAGAUUUUCGUAUGUUCUUAAAAAAUAUAUCUAUAGUUUUCCUCCAAUCAGUUACCAGUGUUUCUAGCACAAGCUGUAAGUAGACAAACGCUUCAUCUAGUGCCUUCUUCCACGCACUGCGUUGCAUCAGAUGCUUUCCACCUCAGUGCUGUCAAUGUAUGAUUUUAGUCACGGCAGGGUUGUAAAUGACACCAGGUAACAAGGUGUGGCACAGGAAGGAAACAAACAAGCACAGGAAAUGUAGAUAAGAUUCGAUAAGUAUGGAAAGGGAAGAAAGGAGGGAAGGAGUUGAGCGUUGUCGCUGUGGGGGUGUUUUCUGGUAAGGUGGGGAUGUUUUCUCCUCAUGGCCUGUCUGGUAUUAGCUCUGUGCCAUUGAUUGCUGUUCUCGUCCGUUUAUUGUUGCAGCGUUUCUGGUAGUAAAGUGAGCUACGUGCGUGCUGAUUGAAAGUGCAACUGGAUUGGAGUGGGUCUAGACUCCAGGCGGUGCAGUGCAGCACAGUAAAAGCAAUGCAAAGUGAGUGAAGUAUAAGGAACGCGUAGCUAAGCACAGCCAAGAGUGUGCGUCACUGGAAACUGUGAUCAAACGUAAGAAAGAACGUUGGGUAACCAGAGAAAAAUGGGAAAUGGCGAAACUGUGACGCAAAACUCCACGGCGGUAAACCUGUAUUGAGUUUCUCAUGUAAUAUCAGUGAAGAAAAACACAAGCGCUGGUCUGUUCUUAUUAGAUUUCAGGCCUGCUUCAGCUGAGCGAUAAACGCCACCUCAUAACAUACCGACCGCUCGCUCAGAUAACUUGUCAUCGCGAAAUUAAACGCCUCUUCCUCCAACGCAUCUGGAACGCGCUCACGUCAAACGAAUUAUCAACAGAGCCGUCUGAUCUCAGCGCGUCUGCAAGACAAAAACAAAGGCUGUCUCAUUUCUGGAGCGUACCAUCCCUCCACACACAUAGCAACCAAUAUCUGCAGUUUUCAUUUCUGGAUAUUAGUGUACAUCAGUGUUUGGGUAACACUUUAAAAUAACAGACACAAAUGCAUGAUGCUGGAUCCUGACUGAAUACCAAACACAGUUCUGAGGGCAUUCAUUUUGAAUUCAGACCCUGUUAAUCCACAAGGAUUUAAUUACCCAUGUUCAUUCCGUGCCACUUUGUAACAAAUGUGUAAGACAUGCAUUUGUGUGAAUGAACAAUUCUCACAGUCCCCUGGUAGCCGAGUAAGGAUAUGAAUUAGUGAAGAAUAAACAGUGAAUUCAUUAUGGAUGGAUGGAGGGGAAGCCUAAUGUUUUUAGAUCAUGAUGAAUUAGCAGGGCUGAAUUUGAAAUGAAUGACUGCAGAACUUCAGAGGAAGUGCAGAAGAUAUCCAGUUUAAAGAACGGAGCAUUAUAAUACAAUAGAUAGAUUUCACUUGCUGUUGGCUGUAGAGCAGACCACGAAACAUGCCUAUAGAUGGCUCAUCAGAAAAUCUUAACUUUAAAGCAUUUUCAGUUCAGAUUUUGUUUAGCUUUCUCGCACUUUUGUCUCAGCAUAUUUCCUGCCCUUAUCUCUCAAUUGUUGCUCCAGUGGGUGUAUGAAACGCUGCAGGCAGUCAUUUCAAUAGCAGUAUAACGGAGGGAGCAGGUCUCUCUCCAUGCCUUGUUUGUCUGUAGGGGACCAGUCUUUCUCUUAGAGGGUGAGGGAGCAGUUCAGUUUCCUAUGGGCUGCCCAGGACUGGAGGGACCACCCUUUAUCCUUUAGGUGCAGCUCAGCCUCACAGUCACACAAUAUUUACAGUGGCACCAUCCACUGGUCUGGCUUGAGAAGACAGGGAAGAAUCGUGCAGCAAUCAGUUAUCCAAUUCAGUCUGAUCACAUCCUCACAAGGUUUAUCUCUUUCCCGAAACAGGGAAUUUUACUCCUAUCACUACCAAAGAAGUGAUUUGCCUUGCUUAUCAAUAGGGCUAAUUCUCCUUCACAUCACUUUUUAUAUAGCAUUUUGAUGCAGGGUUUGAAUUGGCAGAGUCUUGUCAAAGAAUCCCGCAGAGCAGUCGAAUGAUAACUUUCCAAAAAAAACAUCUGUUUCGCAGAUUGAAUGGAGACAGCUGAUGCAAUCCUAGAGUCUGGAAGCGACCCCCUUUGUUUGUGCUGUGAGAAGAACUCUGGGUGUCCGUUGCCAUGGGGACGGUGAGGCUCCAGAACCCCCAGCAUUCCGCCUGCCUGCUGCGGCGAGCCAACGAGAUGCGUCUGUCCGGCACUCUGUGCGACGCCGUCAUCGUGGUGGAGAGCCGAGCCUUCCAGGCGCACAGCUUAGUCCUGGCCUGUACCAGCAAGCGCCUGGAGGCCCUUCUGAAGGAUCAGGGCCACCGCUGCACCUUGGACUUCCUCUCCUGGAGGACCUUCCAGCAGAUCCUGGACUACGCCUACACGGAAGCCCUGGAGGCCCGCGUGGAAGAUCUCCAGAGCCUCCUGGAGGCUGCAGAGCGGCUGCAGAUGGAGCAGCUGGGCAGGCAGUGCUUCUUUCUCCUGGCCACCCAGAAGACUCCCGAACCCCCCUUGCCCUCUGAGCCUUGCUUGCUGAGGAUUCGGGAGGCAGCCAGGAAAGAGAAGGAGUCUCUGUCCCCACCAGUGACUCCCCCGACGACCAGCCCCAGGAGAUCUCCGAUCGACAGUCACGCUGCUUUCCCUUCCACCCUCUGCCAGGAACCUGGAACCUCAGGAACUCAGCCCAGGAGACCCCAGAGCAAUCGACGGUCGAGCAUGGAGGAGGAGCCUCAUUCAACCUCCAAAGACGGACAGCUGAUGCCUCCUCGGGGCAGUGUCAUUGCCACGGCUCACCGGGUUCUCACGGACUCCAAAAAGACGAGCCCCUGGACUACCCAUGGCAUGGCUUUGGCCAACAGGGAGCUGGUGACCAUCAGUUCCCACCCAUCUCUCUACCCGGCUCACCUGCUCAGCUACCAAGUGCAAGGCUUGCCCAUGCCAGCUCCUCCCAUGUUCCCCAUGAUCGCGCACUCCCAGCUGAGGAUCGGCGCUCCGGCAGGGGGGUUCAGCAGCUUCAGCCCCUUCAGGAAUGGCUUCCUCCAGAGUGGACGGGAGCCCGGUGCAGCGGAGAGCAUCCUGGACAAGAGAUCUGGUGUCGGUGCAGCUUUACUGGGGAGCAUACAAGAGCAGCAAGACAGGAAGCACCAGAGCCUCGGGAAGAUGUACAGCUGUGAGCUCUGUGGGACGGAAUUCCAGGACGGGCUCCGGUUGCAAAUGCACGCAGAGAUCCACUCCGGUUCUGACGGCCCCCAGUUCUGCCCGCUGUGCAGGAAGCAGUUUGACAGCCAGGGGGCGGUGACGGAGCACAUCGUGCACCACACCAGCGGCUGGAGCUACUGCUGCAAGGAGUGCGGGAAGACUUUCACCAGCCACAGCGCCCUCCGGAGGCACCUGCGCACACACACAGGGGAAGCAGGGUUCGAGUGCGAGUUCUGCGGUCGCUGUUUCCGUGAUGACAGCUCCUUGAAGAAUCACAAGCGGAGCCACACUGGAGAGAAGCCGUACGAAUGCAGCAGCUGUGCCAAGAAAUUCAGCCUGAAGCACCAGCUGGAGACGCACACGCGAGUGCACACCGGUGAGAAGCCGUUCCAGUGCAAGGUGUGUCACCAGCGCUCUCGGGACUACUCGGCGAUGAUCAAGCACCUGCGGACUCACAACGGGGCCGCGCCCUACCAGUGCACCGUCUGCCUGGAAUACUGCUCCAGCCUGUCCGCCAUGCAGAAACACGUCAAAGCGCACUCGCCCGAGGACAUCCCCCCGGACUGGAGCAUCGACAAGACUUACCUGUACUCCUGCAGCGGCUGAGCGCAGAGCCCGCCGCAUCGCCUGCCUCAGAAGACUGCCCUUACCCCAUUGUCAGCCAACGUACUGUUCGGUUUCCCGUUCUGCAGGUUUACCCCACUGUUCUGCUGUGCACCUGGUUUUCUUUUUUUUUUUUUGUACUGUUAUUAAUUAAUCCGCUUUCUUUUUUUUUUUUAUUUAUUUAUUUUUUUUUUUUUUUUUUUACAAGGCUUAGCUCUGCUUUACCAUGCUUUCGCUGUCACUCACCGCCCACGGACUGCAGUCAGUUCAGUGUAUUACCACAAGAGGGCGCCACACAGAUGACGGGUUUCAGUGUUGAAUCUAAUGCUGCUGGUGUUCUCUCCCGCAAAUUUUUUUUUUAAAAAAUACAGACUUUUACAUUUUUAGUGUUAUUAUGCAUAUUUACAAUGUACUUAAAAAUGAAGGUCGUUAUUACGCAAAGGGAAAUAAAUGUAUUUCAAGGAAAGAGUCAAACUGAGGGCUGGUUUUGCCGUGUCAGGUCUAUGUGUAUUAUACUGCUGAUAACACGGAUUCAGGCGCACUUCGGGGCUUCUCUAGAGAAGCACGUGUCCUGCUGUCAGGAGAAGCGAUUGAGUGAAUCAAAACCGCAGGGCUGUCUGUCUGUCUAUAAUCUCAAUUGUAAUCGCACAGUGAACUAGUAGUGUUAAAUUGGCUAUACGUAUUCUUUCAACGGCAAUUUGCAGCCAGACGCUCUGUGAGCAGGGAGUUUACCAGAGAGGGAAAACAAAAUCAGCAGGAUGCAAAACACCCCGAUGUGUGCCCGAUCUCUUUCUCUGUAAUAACGGGUUAGGGUCCAGAUCUCUCUCUGUAAUAACGGGUUAGGGUCCAGAUCUCUCUCUCUGUAAUAACGGGUUAGGGUCCAGAUCUCUUUCUCUGUAAUAACGGGUUAGGGUCCAGAUCUCUCUCUCUGUAAUAACGGGUUAGGGUCCAGAUCUCUUUCUCUGUAAUAACGGGUUAGGGUCCAGAUCUCUCUCUGUAAUAACGGGUUAGGGUCCAGAUCUCUCU